AUGUGGAAGUUUGUGUUUUUGGUGAUGAUGGUCCUUACAAGAACGAUGCUUGAAGAAGAUUCUAGAGGACCUACAAAUCAGUCGGUGGCCAUCGAAAGUGCAUCUAAUAUAGUACCGCGCUCAACCCGUAGACGCAAGCGUAACGCCGCUACAACUACCGCUGUAGAUCAACCCCAAGUUGAUCCACCAAAAAGGCGUGGUCCAAAUCUCAAUCUUAGCGCUACAAAAGACUUUGAGAAUUUGCCCGAGGGUUCCAAAAUUGAUUUAACAAUGGCUGGUGGUACGAAAGGAUUUGUUGGGAAAACAUCUACUCAGUUUGCAAAUGAGAUUGGGAUUGUAGUCCGUCGUGUAUGUCCAAUGAACUAUCAUAAAUGGGUGUCGAUACCUGCUGAUAUAAAAAAUCUGAUGUAUGAAAAGUUACAAGGAAAAUUCAAUUUGUUGCGAACAGAUAAAGCUUUCAUGGGAUAUGUGGAUUAUCGACUACAUCGCCAAUGGACACGCACCCGAGGUGAGUUGAGUGCCCACUGGAAGAUGAAUGGAGGAAAAACCAAUCCUCGGUUGGCAAUAUCAAUGAUGAAAUCCAAUUGUCAGAGUCUAGAAGAUUGGAACCAUUUGUGCGAUUAUUGGGAGUUAGAAUCAACUCGGGUAAACUUUAUGUUAACAUCAUAUAUAUGCAUACAUACAAAAAGCUACUUGCAUACUUAUAGGUCUUACAUAGAUGUAAAUGCUACUGGAUAA